CUUCGCGCGGUAGCCCCCAGCUCGACUCCGCCGACACCUCCCUCCCUGUUUUACAGCCAGAACAAUCGCUGGCGUUUAGUUGUGUGCUGUUCUUCGCCUUUAGUUGGAGGUAAUUUGUUUAUAUCUGCGUACUUAACACGGACAGCACAGUUGUGGUGAAGAACUUACCUUACGGAAAGAAAGAGAGAAAGAGAAGAAAAACUGACAACACCGGACUCUUACAUAGUACAAGCCUGACCGAGGAAUAUUCCCAUACCGAUAAUUUCCCCCCUUUUUCCUCAAACGGAAAUGCAUUUUUACUGCUAAUAUGGAUAUGAGUCUUUCUUUGAGUAUAUUCAUAUAAAAAGUAAGCUGCAAUAUAAUUUGCACUUUGAUAUGAUGAUGCCACUUGUUUGAUGAAAGCAACUCACGCAGGACUAAAUACCGCUCAUACUGAGGGGGGAAAUUGCUUCAGAACUGUUUGUCUUUUCUUGAUGUACGUUUAAUGUCGAGAUUUUCCGUUUGUGUGUAAGCUUUCUCCGUUUAGAAAGCAGAAGUAAAGGGAAAAUAAAUCGCGGAUUGCUAAAAAAUACCAAAAGAAAACCGAUACUCGGUUGUUUCUACAAAUGUUGAAAAGAACAAACAGGUCUUUGGCGGAUAUUUCUCACUCCUUAAGGAAGUUCCUGCCAUACUGAGAUUUUUUUCCAACGUUGUCUAUUUCCACACAGCGUUAACUGGCUGAGAAGACAAGCCUUGCCCUCUCCCCUGACUGACCGAAAGGACAGUGGACGGGAUUCGUGUUUCAUUAACACGAACUGGCAGAAGCUGGGAUUAAAACGACGAGACACUAAAAUACACAAAUUACAAAGGGAGAAGAUUCGCCUGAUUUAUCUCCUGUUGCUGCCACGCUUCGCUUGAGAUGCUGCAUCCGUCAUCAGAGUAAACAGGAAAAGAUAUUUAAACUGAGAAGUCUGAAGAAGAUGUUUCCUGUUUUUUGUUAGAAAUUGCUACCACUAUUGUAACAUGCACUUUAUGGUUAGGCUUUAUUCAGGAAUAUCCAUCACAGCUAAAGUUUGCUCCCGUUUCCAGCACCAAGAGUUGGAAAAAAAAGGUUUAGGCGAGUCCUCUUUAAACUAACACUCUAAGAAGAGUUUAUGCCCUUAGGUAAAAGUGGAGGUCAAGGAGAGGGCAUAAUAGGGCUUUAACAAGUGCUCUACACCAGACGAGGACCUCUUAUCUAGUUUCAUUACUUUUAUUGUUGCGAUUGUGACCAUCUAAUCUGAAUAAUAUACAGCACUGAAUUCAAGCAAUUACCCUGAUACACAAUCAGUGCAAGAUGGCCAACAACACUGCUGACCACCUGCCUGGGAACUCAGUUGUAGAGGGAAACCACAAUGGGGAAUUUGGCUGCACAGUGAAGGAGCUCCGGGAGCUGAUGGAGUUGAGGAGCGCCGAGGCUGUCACCAAGAUCCAGAAUAACCACGGAGAUGUGCAGGGCCUGUGUCAUAGGCUGAAGACAUCUCCCAUUGAGGGUCUUUCUGGCAACCCUACGGACCUGGAGAAGCGCCACAGCGCAUUUGGGAAGAACUUCAUUCCGCCCAAGAAACCUAAGACCUUCCUGCAACUUGUAUGGGAGGCCCUACAGGAUGUCACACUCAUUAUUCUGGAGAUUGCAGCCAUCAUAUCUUUGGGACUUUCCUUCUAUCACCCACCAGGGGGCGACAGCGAAUUGUGUGGCCAGGCAGCAGCUGGUGUGGAGGAUGAAGGCGAGGCACAGGCUGGCUGGAUUGAGGGAGCAGCUAUCCUGUUUUCUGUCAUUAUUGUGGUGCUGGUGACGGCAUUCAAUGACUGGAGCAAGGAGAAGCAGUUCCGAGGGCUGCAGAGCCGCAUUGAGCAGGAGCAGAAAUUCACUGUUAUCCGGAAGGGCCAGGUCAUUCAGAUCCCUGUUGCUGAAAUAGUGGUGGGAGAUAUCGCCCAAAUCAAAUACGGUGACCUGUUGCCAGCAGAUGGAAUCCUGAUCCAGGGGAAUGACCUUAAGAUUGAUGAGAGCUCACUAACCGGGGAGUCCGACCAGGUCAAGAAGUCCUUUGAGAAAGAUCCCAUGCUGCUUUCUGGUACUCAUGUAAUGGAAGGAUCUGGAAGGAUGGUGGUCAGUGCGGUCGGCCUCAACUCCCAGACCGGAAUCAUCUUUACACUGUUAGGUGCAGGAGGUGAAGAGGAGGAGAAAAAAGUGAAGAAAGGUAAAAAACAAGCGGCUCCAGAAAAUCGCAACAAAGCUAAGACCCAAGAUGGGAUUGCCCUUGAAAUCCAGCCACUGAAGAGUGAGGAGGGAGCUGAGUCUGAGGACAAGGAGGAGAAAGAAGAGAAGGAGACCCGGAAAGUCAAUGUGACCAAGAAAGAGAAGUCGGUGCUGCAGGGCAAGCUCACCAGGCUGGCUGUGCAGAUUGGCAAGGCUGGUCUGAUCAUGUCUGCUGUAACAGUGAUCAUCCUCAUCCUGUACUUUGUUAUCGACACUUUCGGCGUCCAGGGACGCCCCUGGUUGAAGGAAUGUACACCCAUUUACAUUCAGUACUUUGUGAAGUUCUUCAUCAUUGGCGUGACAGUGUUGGUUGUGGCUGUUCCUGAGGGAUUGCCUCUUGCGGUCACCAUCUCCCUGGCGUACUCUGUAAAGAAAAUGAUGAAGGACAACAACCUUGUCCGGCAUCUGGAUGCCUGUGAGACCAUGGGAAAUGCGACAGCCAUCUGCUCUGACAAGACGGGUACUCUGACCAUGAACCGCAUGACGGUGGUGCAGGCUUAUAUCGGUGACACACACUACCGCACUGUGCCCGAGCCAGAAGUACUGCGACCAGAGACACUGGAGCUGAUGGUUAACAGCAUUUCCAUCAACUCUGCAUACACAACCAAGAUUCUGCCCCCAGAAAGGGAAGGGGGACUGCCUCGCCAUGUGGGAAACAAGACUGAAUGCUCACUGCUUGGUCUAGUGCUUGAUCUGAAGCGAGAUUAUCAGCCGAUCCGCGAUGAGGUGCCAGAAGAGAAACUCUACAAGGUUUACACCUUUAACUCUUCACGGAAGAGCAUGAGCACAGUGCUGAAAAACCCAGAUGGUACAGGCUACCGCAUGUAUAGCAAGGGUGCCUCCGAGAUAAUCCUUCGCAAGUGUUCCCGCAUCUUGGAUGCCUCUGGCCAGCCUAGGGUGUUUAAGCCAAAGGACCGUGAUGAGAUGGUGCGAAAAGUGAUAGAGCCCAUGGCUUGUGAUGGCCUGCGAACUAUCUGCUUGGCCAUGCGGGACUUUCCCGGCGAUACUGAACCCAAUUGGGACAAUGAGAAUGAGAUUCUGUCUGACCUGACCUGUAUUGCAGUGGUGGGCAUUGAGGACCCUGUACGGCCAGAGGUCCCUGAAGCUAUUUCUAAGUGCCAGAGGGCUGGGAUCACUGUGCGCAUGGUAACUGGGGACAACAUCAACACGGCCCGUGCCAUUGCCACCAAGUGUGGCAUUCUGCAACCUGGAGAGGAUUUCCUGUGCCUGGAAGGCAAAGAGUUCAACCAACAAAUUCGCAAUGAUAAAGGAGAGGUGGAGCAGGAGCGUCUGGACAAGGUAUGGCCCAAGUUGCGGGUCUUGGCACGCUCAUCCCCCACGGACAAGCAUACACUAGUGAAAGGCAUCAUUGACAGUACAGUUGGGGACACACGGCAAGUAGUGGCAGUGACAGGAGAUGGAACCAAUGAUGGCCCUGCCCUCAAAAAAGCUGAUGUUGGAUUUGCAAUGGGCAUUGCUGGUACAGAUGUGGCAAAAGAGGCCUCAGACAUCAUCCUGACAGAUGACAACUUUACUAGCAUCGUCAAGGCAGUCAUGUGGGGCCGCAAUGUCUACGACAGUAUCUCGAAGUUCCUUCAGUUUCAGCUUACAGUCAAUGUGGUUGCAGUCAUUGUAGCCUUCACUGGUGCCUGCAUCACCCAGGACUCCCCUCUGAAGGCAGUGCAGAUGCUCUGGGUGAACCUGAUUAUGGAUACCCUGGCCUCCCUGGCUCUGGCUACAGAGCCUCCCACAGAGUCACUACUUCUAAGGAAGCCAUAUGGUCGUGACAAGCCACUCAUCUCCCGGACUAUGAUGAAGAAUAUCCUGGGCCAUGCUGUCUACCAGCUGACCAUCAUCUUCACUCUGCUUUUUGCUGGAGAGAAGUUAUUUGACAUUGACAGUGGACGCAAUUCUCCCCUUCAUGCCCCACCAUCAGAACAUUACACUAUUGUCUUCAAUGUCUUUGUCAUGAUGCAGCUGUUCAAUGAGAUAAAUGCCCGUAAAAUCCAUGGCGAGAGGAAUGUCUUUGAGGGUGUUUAUCGCAAUCCAAUCUUCUGUAGUGUUGUUCUAGGCACAUUUUUUCUGCAGAUCAUCAUUGUGCAGUUUGGAGGGAAGCCAUUCUCAUGCACUGCCCUGAAAAUUGACCAGUGGUUGUGGUGUAUCUUCAUUGGUGUGGGGGAGUUGCUCUGGGGUCAGUUCAUCUCUGCCAUCCCAACGCACCGAUUGAAGUUUUUGAAGGAAGCUGGUCAUGGUAUCCCCAAGGAGGAGAUCCCGGAAGAGGAGCUGACAGAGGGGGUGGAUGAGAUCGAUCAUGCUGAGAUGGAGCUCCGCCGCGGGCAGAUUCUAUGGUUUCGUGGUCUGAACCGUAUCCAGACUCAGAUUAAAGUGGUUAAUGCAUUCCGUAGUUCCCUUUAUGAAGGUCUCAAGAAACCAGAAUCCAAAAGUUCCAUCCAUAACUUCAUGUCCCAUCCAGAGUUUGUCCCAAUAUCUGAAGAGGCGGUUACAGUCCCUGUAGUUGAGGAGAGCACUGCUGAAGCUGAGAUUGAGACUCUCCCCAGUUUCUCUAAAGAAAGACAAAACUUCCUCUAACCACCUCUGUAGUUUUCUGGUCUGUUCCACUGCCACCAACACUCUAGUAAUCCUGAUCCCUAUUCUACGUCUUGGACACCGCAUUCAGAAAAUCUCUCUAGUGGACUUUUGGACAUUCUGCAGCAACCAACUGUCUGCGACACUUUCCUCUAUGAAGCAGGCAAAGACCCCCCCUCCCCCAGAGUGUGUAUACUGUAAGUACUGGUGGUUGCAUUACACAGUGUACACUAAGAGGUGGGAAUGUCAUCUUGGGCUGCAUCUUCCACCUCACCCAAACACCACACAAACUCCAUUCCUGUCUUUAUUUUAUUUCUCGUAUAAUCUAUUUAUUUUGUUUUUGUUUUUACCUAAAACUUUUUUUCUACACAUUUUUUUCUACCUAGUAAAAUGUGUUUUUAGAUUUUUGUAUUCACGUAUAUACUAUAUGCAUACAUAAACCUAAAUAAUUACAUGUGUAUAUGUAUGUAUGUGUAUAUAUUGUGCAUGCAUAUGUCUUUAUAUUUCACAGUAAACCAUAAUGCUAAUUGGCAGGUAUGUGCUAUACAAUUAGGUGCUGUUAUUCAAUAGUUCUGUCACUGAAACAUUUAUGUAAUUUUAUUUGUGUUAAGACAAGAAUGAGUCUCUAGCUGUGCUACUCCUUCAAGUGAAUAAGUCAGUCAGUAAGUAUAUAAAUAAAUGUCCAUAACAGUUCAAAGUCAAUGAGCACCAAUCUGCAGCUUAAAGUUAAGGUAAGGUUCAAAUAAAUCCUCCAAAAUACUAAGUCAGGAUAUAGACUAGUGAAAAAUCCAGUAUGAAUUCAUGUUUGUCAUGGAGAUUUAUAGUCUAUCACAAACACGUUGUCUGCUUGCAACAAUUUAUCUAGAUGAAUAUAAUAUUAAAUAUUAUUUAUUCAUGAUAGAACUUACUCUUUCAUGCCUUUUAAUUUAGGGAGAAAGUAAAAUGGCACAUUUUACCUUGGAAUAAAAUUGUGCUAAAAUAUUUCUGUUCAGGGCCUGUAAAUGAUGUAUUGCAAUUUUUAAUUCCUGAUGUAAAGAAUCCUUUUAUUUAGAAAAAGAAAUGACAUAAGAACUGAAUAAACACACACUAUCACCACUAUGAAACAUACCAUAAGAAGCCUAAUGAUAUAGCACACCUGUGCAUGGUUAAAUGUAAAUUUAAGUAAUACUUACCAAGCAUUCGUAUGCAACAAAUGAUCUUUGUUCAGUCCUGUAACUCUUCUGUUAGCCAACAGCUGCAUAAAUACUCUGGUCUCCUGGUUUGAUGAAAAUGUUCCUGAAUGAUGUUUUCUUAUGGUUACCAAUACUGCAGCACUGCCAUGUUUAAACCAUGCUUUUUAUCUACCUAUUGUUCUGUGAAAACUACUACUACUGUACUAUUUAGUCAUUAGCCAUAUUUUCAAAUUAAUUUGUAUCCCAUUCACUUAGAUUUCUUCUUUCUCAUCUUCCAAGCCGGCCAAAACAAAAAUUGUUUCACUGCCCUCAGAUGGAUCACUGUUGUUUUUCAGACAAAGCAAAAUGUAAUGAUUGACUUCUCUAAGAACAUGUUGAGAAAAGAUUUUUGUCUUUUUAUUUUUUAUUUUUUUUGUGCAAUUUUUGCGAAACCUCUUGGAUUUCAUAUAAACAAAUUAACCGUUUAAAAAUGUUCUGUAUUUUUAUAUUUAGUAUUUUUAAUAAUAUUCUCUCUCAUAUACACAUACAUACACACAAAGCUUAGGUCACAUUUAAUAAAUGAGAUAAAUGAGGAAUACCAAAAAAAAAUAAAUUUAGCAUAUUACCCUAUGGUUUGAAACUGUUCUUGAUGUUUACCCCAUUUGACAUGACACUGGGCAGAUUUCUUGAAUUAGCACCAUCCAACAAGUAUACUAUGACUGCAUAACUUGCAGUACUAUAUUAAUCUUUAUUUAUGUUGCUAUUGCACCAACUUCCUACUAUAAAGUAUAUGUGCGAUAUAUAUUACUUUCAUAGAAACGUUACUGAUUUUCUUUUUCUGCAAUACAUUAGUGAGUAGUUAUCAAUGGAAUAUAAAGCAAGAAACAGAACUUCAUCAAUAUGGAAUACUUUUGAAGUAUUUUUAUAUAUAUAUAUUCUAUAUUUUUCUGUUAUGAUUGAAUUAUCAGCAGGUAUAAUUUACUGAGUAAGAGGAAUGGUGCUUCAGAUUACUGUUUUUGUUACCUUGUUUAGCAAAAAAAUCUUUGAUGUUGCCAAUUAUUAAAUAUUCCUAGAAAAUACAUUUUAAAUGAGAGAACACCAAGGCAGUUUUUCACUGAUGUACUUUGAAAGUAAAGUGUUACUGCCAUAAGAGGGUGUAAAGCACACAAGAAUCCAUUUGGUGAUUACAGUUACAGGCGUUAGAGAUGUUAUUCAGUGGGCCAUUUGAAACAGAAACUAGCUUAUAGUUCUAUGAAAGCCUUAGAUACGCAAAACUUUUCAAAAUGACUCUUGCACAUCCAACUUACUGUAAAUAAUGAAAGCGAUUGUGAUUUGCAGGUAAAUUGUGAGUAAUCAAAUGUCAGGGACCACCAGCAAAGCUUUAGGAAUGUUCUGCCAAAGUGUUGUGUACAGUCAAAGCUUUCUUUUUCCAUUUUCUCUAACAAAUUGCUAUAUAUACUAAUAUUACUUGUGCUCCCUUUAUUGUUUGCAUUGUUGAAGUGUUGUUGAUAUAAUCUUGUUUAAAGGCCUCCUUUUUAAAGGUUUUCAAUGCGCUGCUGUGAUCUGUUUUGACUUGAUUGCCCUUCAAAUAUCAUUGUUUAAAUAAUUUCUUUAUUUGUAAUCCCCACUAGGUGGACAGUAUAACAGGAGUUACUUUUCAGGAAAGAUGCGCAACAGUCAAAUAAGUAAACUAUGGUGAAAGCAAGGUAUUGUUUGGUCUGCUUAGAUGCCCUUGACAGCUGUUACACUUUUUCGCACAGAUAAUAGUUCUCUCUAUUGUAUAAAAAUGCUUAAAGGUGUUCUGCAAUAACUAUUGAAUGAUGGUUACAUAUAAGAGCUAAAUUUCUGUUCAGAGCAUGACUCUGCUGAUCUUUUAUUUUUUUUUAAAUUUCCCAAUUUUUAUUGAAUUUGGUGGCAUACUGGGGAACAAGAUGCAACGGCUGUAAAUAAUAUCAUAAUUUAAAAUCAAAAAUCCGUUGUUUAAUUCAUAUUUACUUAAAACAGGUUGGCAUAAUUUACAUCCUGUUUAAAAUAUAUUUUAACAUAAUGUUUCUUGUGGGGGAAAAAAAGGAUAACUUAGCAGUCAGAACAUUUUAGUGAUUUAUAAGAAAUAAUAAGCACUGGUGUUUGUUUAAAUCUUAUAUCAUUUGUGUGGCAUGCAUGAUAAAAAUUUGAUGGGUCAAAGCAAUAUAUACACCUGGUGCAAUUGGUGUUUUAGUGUCCUGUGUUGCCUAUACCAUGCUAUGUAUAUAUUAAAAAAAACUUUUUUGGGGGGGAAAAAGAAAACUAGAAAGGACUAACUGGUUAAUAUACAAUAUAUUUUGUGUGUUUGUGUGUGUGUGUGUAUACACACACACAUGUAUAUUAGGGGUGUAACCGUUCAGUAUGUGUCACGGUUUUAGGACCAUGGUAACAGUUCGGUUUCGGAAUCUUUGUAUUUAUCUUUAUCUUUAUAUUUAUGAAGAAAAUAAAAACACAUCACCCUAAUUAAUUUAAUUAAACAGUGAACUCUGUUUCAAUAUAACAACUCUUCAUUCAGAAAAAUGGCAGCAUGACUAACUAGGCACAGUUUGUGUCUGUACUGUAUAAAAUUAAGGAGAGAAAAGCAUUAAAAUUAUAAGUGCUUCUAAACUUUAAUAAUCUGUAAGUACUUUUUAUUUGAAGAGAAUUUAUAUGAAGCUAAAUGUGUCACUGUUAAAAAGCAAACACAAGCAGUUGCAACACAGUAAGUGUAGAUGGAUAAUCAAUAUUACUCCACAACCCAAGAGAGCGUGUGUUUUUGAUAUGGUACACCCACAUAAAGAGGACAAAAAAAAAAUAUUGCUCCGAGUUGUUGAGUAAUUAUAAUAAAGAAGAUGACAGCUGUUUUAAAACAAAAUACUGUAUUAACAGGCUUAGUAAUAGCAAUGGCACAACAAGGAAACCAAGAGUUUACAUGACACGAUUACACGCUAACAAAAUGCACACAUUCCACAGCAAAUAUUACACAGUUAAGACAUUUGCAAUUAACACAAAUACACACUUUAAUAUACAUCAUUUAAAAAGUAGUGCAGUUCUGUACAAAGUAUGCAGGCUGCUGACCAACCCCACGGCAUUACUUUGUGUCAGCCAUUUGUCAACAAUGGGUGAGAUCAUUGCUCAUACAACGUUGUAUUGCUGAAAUGACAUAGAAUAUGAAUAUACAGCUACCUUUAGCCAGGAGGAAGAUGACCCCACUUUUUAUUAGUAUUUUUGGGGAAAAAAAAACGUCUUACAUUUGCGACAAUACAUGUAGGAAAAUGACAGGCAUAUAGUAAUACCACGGUUAAUGUGUGUGUAUUGAACCGUCGGGGCGUACCAGACAGUUUAAUAAUAUGAUAAUAUACCGUGUACUGUUACUACCCAAAUGUGUAUACACACACACACACACACACACAACUCUAGAACAAAUUGACACCACUCCAUUGUUUUUUUUUUUUUAUUUGCAUUGUUAAAUUCUCAUAAAAUUUUACACAGAAGCAUACCCAUAAAUUGAGAAAUGAGUGAAACUAAAAAUGUUGCUUUGGUCUCUUAAUUUUUUCCAGAGCUCUCUCUGUGUAUGUGAAUGUGUGUGUGCAUGCGUGCGUGUGUAAAUAUACAGAUACACACUCACUGUCUGUCUGUGUUAAAUGUUUGCUAUGGAGUGAGACGCAACAAAGAGAUGUACACAUGUACAUAAGUACACUUUAGGUAUAGUUUUAUAUAGGGAUACCUUCUAACAAGGUCUGUUUUGAAGCUUUUAAUUUUACAUGGCAACUUGAAGAUAUGUUUUUUUGGAAGUUUUAGUGGGAUUUAAAUCUUUGUUUCAAAGAUUUAAUGCCAAAUGUUGUCUGAGAUAUGAUGACAACUGAAAUGUCUACUAAAUUUCUUAAUUAAAGGAAAACCUGCAAAAUGGAUGGGCUCGUCCAUCUUCUGAGAUGCACACAUUCAUCUGAUUAACAGGCAGGCUUUGUACAGCCUCCUCCUUGUAGACUGUGCAUUCCAGACGCACAGACAGAGAGCUAUUCCCUGCUCGGGAGAAACCCACACUGCCAAGAUGCUGUAUGGGAGUUGGCAGCUGCAUCCAAUUUUAAAAGAGCAAGUAAAGUUUAAAGCUUUCCUUUUAAAAUGUUCUCUGUAGAGAUGCUUGUUUUGUACAUUUCUUUGCUAAAAUUCCAUUCCUUCUUCCUUAAACUCUUCUUAGAGCUGCUGUCAAUUAUCAUUUUUUCUGGUUGCAGGGAACAGUGUUUGUAUUCAUUUAUAUUAUUGUGUCUAAAAUUAAUUUUCAUAGAAGUAGGCAUCAUAGUUCUGUAGUAUAUUUGCUUUCAAAACAUUCCUUUUAAACAAAAUCUAGUGAUGGGUUACAGAUUACGUAUUUUACAUACGAUUAUUUUAUUACCCUUAACCUCUCAAUAACAUGUAGUUUGCAUAGAAAGUAUUUGCUAAGUUUCAUAGACGGAUUUUCAAAGCCAGAUGCUUUACAAGUUACAGAAUUGGAUGUAGGCUGUAAAUUAGUGGUUCUCAACCUUUUUUGCACUGCUACUCAGUUUUUACCAUGCCAGCUCAGUCGUGGCCCUAUAUCAGGUAUACUGUAGGUUUAAAUUAACCUUAUGAUCAAGCACGCAGUGCACUCUGCAAUUUAUGCCAAUCAAUGCCUAUCGCACAAUUAUGAUUGGAUGUGCUAUGGAAUUUUAAAUUAAGCAUCUGUGGUUUGGUUUCUUGGAUUGGUUGAAUGUUCACUAGUUUUGCUCUAACCAUUUGCAGACCCAAGACCCAUUUCUGAAGGUUAGUCCUAGGAUUGGGACUGGGAAAUCUGAUCGUGGAUCAGCAUAGGAUUUUGCUGGUUUUAAAAUGCUUACUUUUCCAACUCUGCUUGCAACCCUUUCAUAACUUGCCGAGACCCAAAUUUUGGUUGUGACCCAUGUGUUGAGAAUCCCUGCUUUAAAUAAUUGUUCUAAAGUUGGUGUGAGUAUAAGUCCGCUUGGCAAAGGUUAUAACAGUUAUAUUACUUUCUAUCAUAACAUUAAACCAUAGUUAUUUACAGAUUUACUAAAAUGCUUUAAAUGAUGUAAAUAACCCUAACAAAAGAUUUUUUGUGGAUAAAAGAUUAUCCACACAUUAAACUUAUAAAGAUACAUUGUCCCUGACGUAGUUAUUGCAUGUAUGAAAACCUUUGAAAAGUGCAAAAUAUCUCUAUAUGAUAUACAAAACUAGGAGAACACUUGUUUAAUCUUUUUUUUUUUUUAAAUAUACAUGAAGGUUUACAAAAAGCUGCCUUUCAUAUUGGUUCCUGGCCUAAUCUGAAGUGACAGCUUAUUUGUGACUAUGAUGAGUAUUGAUGUACACAAUGAAACUUUCAAAAAGCUAUUGUGCUUUCCUGUUUGUGUCCACUGUUUACAAUCACUGCCAAUGCAGAGUGAUGCCAUAGGUAUGGAAAAAUAAGUGGGGCAUCCAUGUGUAUGAUUCAAAUUUUGUUUGAGUGCUUUAGCAUUUUAAGACAUUUGAUUUACCUAGUGAAAAAUAAGGAUUGUUCCCUCCCUGUUAACAUACAAUAUACAAUUCUGUGUUUCUUUCCAUGCCAGAUGUAUGUGAUGAUGUUGCUUGAACUGCCAGCUGUCUGAUAUGGCAUAGACUGAUCUAGGUGUUAAAAAAUGCUGUUUGACCUAUAAGUUAUAGAUUAAAGAUCUUGAAAGGGAAUAUAAUUAAGGUGCUUUAGUAAUAUAUGUACCCGUAUAAAGGGUAAAUAAGCUAUGUUAAGGAUUGAACUUGACACUGGUAGCAUUAGAACUGCCAGGAUAAAACUGUCAUCCUCAGAUGUAGAUAUCUUAAUAAAGAGAACAUGUUAGUAACCAGUUAGUAAUCAAACCCGUCUUAAAUACUUCUCAUUUAAUUUUAAUAGUCAGUGUGAGAAAAGACUAUAAAUCACAGUGAUCGUGCAGUCUUCAUCAUUUGAAAAACAGUGGGAAGUGAAUGAGUAUGCCAUUGAAGAAAUUUUAAUUUCACAAUGAGUUUUUUUCUUUUGUAACCAUUUUAUUCUAAUUUGAAUAUUCCAGUGACAAGCCAAGGGAAAAUAGUUUUACAACAUUGCAUUUUCUAGUUGCUGGAUAUAUAGGUAGCCCCCUAAAUGUCAAAUUUGAUUGACAGAAUUAAUGCUUUUUAAAAAUGUCUUUUAAUUAUUGACUACAAUGCUCUUCCUAUAGCUGGAUAUUGAACUAUUUUUGAGUAAGCAGUAAUUAGACAUAGGCAGUUCUUAAAGCAGCAUUUACAGUCAGUGUGUGUCUCAACUUACAAAAGUAUACUCAAACUAAAUGUUGUCCUUUUGUAAAUGCAAUUCAUCACCAUGCCAAAAGGUCUGUCCUGUUUGCUUUUAACUAUGCAACAAAUUGCUUUGAUAUGUAAAAAACAUUUAUGAAUUGUUCUUUGUCUUUGUGUGCUUAUCCUUCCUUCUCAGAAUAUGCUAUCAUUCCCAUCAUUAUCUUAUUUAUACUCAAAAAAAAAACAAAAAAAGUAUCAUUUAUGUGUGUGUAUAACGAAAAUUCACAAAUUUGUUUUUUUCUCUAUCUUUUGUAAUGUAUCAUGUGGAAUGCUUGUUCGUUAUGUCCUGUCAUUUAAAUUUAAGCAGAAGAAAAAAAAGUGAUAAUCCAAGCAAUGAUGAUAAUUAUAUAUAAAUCUAUAUCAAUCAAUAUUAAUAAAGCCAUUUGGAUUUAAUUUU